UUGCACCUGUUGUGCACAACACGUGGAGCAUUAAGGAUAUGAACCUUGUUCACCCAACUGACUCACCUGGGUUUUAGAGCAGUAAAUGACUUGUAACAGAAAGUUAAACUCAAACUUUUUUUUUUAUACUCAAACAGCACGAGAUAUUAUGUUCUCUAGUUGAGAAAUAUGACGAUUUCUUGGAGGAAGUGUGUCUUCCUAGUGGGGGCUUUAUGUGUAAGUGUUACUAUAACCAUGAUUAUGUAUGGACAAUACUAUGACCUGGACUUCUUCCACGACAGACUUCCGAACAGAGUUGUGAGAUCCACUUUGUCCCUGCUCAACGACUCAUCCAGCAGCAGCCUGUUUGAGCGCAGGUGGCCUGAUCAGUGUGUCCGCUGUGCUGUGGUGGGAAAUGGCUGCAUCCUUCGAGGCUCCAAACAAGGCAGGGCCAUCGACAGUCACCACUCUGUCUUCAGGGUCAAUGGGGCAAUCACCAAGCACUUUGAGGAGGACGUGGGCACAAAGACAUCUUUCUAUGGGUUCACCACAAACACUAUGAAUAAUUCCCUCAAUUCUUACAGAAAAGAUGGCUUCACCAAGGUCCCACAGGGACAGAGAGUCCGAUAUAUCUUCAUUCCGUCCAACGAACGUGACUAUGUGAUGAUGUCAGCUGUUAUCCAGGGUCUCACUGUCACCUCCGGUCAUGACAAGGGGGACUGGCCCUCUCGAUACUUUGGAUUUAAGGCACCAGUUAAGCACUUUAAAAUGCUUCAUCCAGAUUUUAUCACAUAUGUAACGCAAAGGUUUCUGAAGUCUCCCCUGCUGAAGUACAGUCAGCUCUACAUGCCUAGCACAGGUGCUCUGAUGCUUCUGACCGCACUGCACAUGUGCGACCAGGUGUCUGCCUAUGGUUUCAUCACAAAAAACUUUGCAGACUUCUCUGACCACUACUAUGAUGCUGUGAUGCUGCCCCUGCGCUUCUAUGCCAAUCACAACAUGCAGAUGGAGAGCUGGCUGUGGGAGGUACUGCAUGCACAAAAAGUAAUGUCACUGUACAAGAGGACAAAAGUAAAAUGAUGGACACUCAAUUGUAUUUUCAUGUGAAAAGCCUUCCUUGAAAUGAACUCCUAUGUUUGCCAUGGAGGUAGUCCCUCUGAAGGAGUGGCUGCCGGAGAUGUGUAGCGUCCUUUGUCAUUAGUCUCACAGCAACAUUAAAGGCCUUUGACGGUGUAAAGCCAAGCUCAGGUGUUCCAAGCGUCUGUUUGUGGGAUCAGGCCUUCUUUGAUCAUUUGAACAACCCUUAUCUUCUCUGUGAAGGCAGGUGCAGGGAGCCGAGACUAUAGUCUCUCGGUCAUUCCUCUUUCUCAUUUUCCUGCAAUGCCUAUUCUCAUUAGAAACUGUCGGGUUUGACUGGGACUCACAAUGAAAGCAUUCACAUUAUGAAGCCAGCAGUCCAUUCAUGCCAACCUUUUUGUAAAUGAGCUUUGACUUGCAGCCUCUUUGCCCAGUGCCUAUCCAAGGAUAGGUUACUCCAAGCCACAAUAAAGACAAAGUGACACAUUCUUGUGUCAAGCUUUGAUCUGCUGAGCUAUUGUUACAUACAUACAAGGAUCUCCAGUGUCUGUUAUGAAUGAAAUCCUGAUAAUAGACUAGUGAAUGCUGCUAGAUUAUGUAAUUCACUGUAAAGGCAAGAUAAUGACCACUUGUAACAAAUUGUACACAUUUUUUGGGAAAGCUGUGUUAUGGUCAUUUUCUGCAACUGAAAGCUGUGUAAAAUGUUAUGGGAUGGCAUCUUAUGUGCAAUUGUUAUAUUCUAUCAGCAAAUCUUUAAUUUUACUACAAACCUAAUUAAAGCUAGAGUCCUUAAUUGAAACAAUAGCAAAGCGAUCAGCGGCCUCUAUUUUGGUAAAAAGCUGAGGGAUGGGCCAGGAGAAACGUAACUCAAAUUCAUAGAGCUAUGGAUGCAAGGACUGACCAGCCAUGAUAUCAACAUUAUAGUUGUAACCAUGUUUUGAGGCUAUACAGUUUGUUUAAAUACAUUUACAUUGUUUACAAACACAUUUUUGGUUCUGAUUGGGUACACCAGUUGAACUAAGCUCAUAGGCAUUUGUCAUCUUCAAUAAUCAAUUCGUAUAUAUUAAAAAUUGUACAAAUGUACAACUAUGGAUUCUGGCUUUAAAAUGUAGUGUAGUGCAUGUUAUGUAUUUAUAUUUAUUAUUA